CGCGGGAGGCGGCGGCGGUGGUUUGAGGCGGGCCGGCUCUGCGCCGCCAUUUUACCCGCUGCCGUUGGUGCACUCUGCUUCAUCUUAGAGCAAGGAGGCUUUUCUAUCCGCGGCGCCGCCGCCGAACCUGUGGUUGUCUUCCUUCCCCUUCAACUCCUUUCUUCAUCACGGCGCCCGGUUGGAGGGGAAGGAGAUGAAGUUGACGGAUAACGUACUGCGUAGUUUCCGAGUGGCCAAGGUGUUCCGGGAGAAUACAGACAAGAUCAACUGCUUUGACUUUUCCCCAAAUGGCGAGACGCUCAUCUCCAGCAGCGACGACGACUCCAUCGUCCUGUACGACUGCCAGGAGGGCAAGCCGAAGAGGACAUUGUACAGUAAGAAGUACGGAGUUGACCUGAUCAGAUACACACAUGCAGCAAAUACUGUAGUUUACAGCUCUAACAAAAUUGAUGAUACUAUCCGUUACUUAUCACUUCAUGACAACAAAUAUAUUAGAUACUUCCAUGGCCACAGUAAGAGAGUUGUAGCAUUAUGCAUGUCUCCUGUGGAUGACACCUUCAUGUCUAGUUCUUUGGAUAAAACUAUCAGGUUAUGGGACCUUCGAUCGCCAAAUUGCCAGGGCUUAAUGCAUCUUCAGGGGAGACCAACAUGUUCCUUUGACCCUGAAGGACUUAUAUUUGCAGCUGGCGUAAAUUCCGAGAUAAUUAAACUUUAUGAUUUGCGAUCAUUUGACAAGGGCCCUUUUGCCACAUUCAAGAUGCAAUAUGAGCGGACCUGUGAAUGGACAGGAUUGAAAUUCAGCAAUGAUGGAAAACUCAUGUUGGUCUCUACCAAUGGAGGCAUGGUUCGACUUAUUGAUGCUUUUAAAGGAGCAGUACUGCAGACGUUUGGGGGAUACAACAACAAUAAGGGCAUUAGUUUGGAGGCAUCAUUCACUCCAGAUUCUCAGUUUGUUAUGAUAGGAUCUGAAGAUGGCAAAGUUCAUGUGUGGAAUGCUGAAAGUGGAUUGAAGGUGGCUGUUUUAGAUGGAAAACACACAGGUCCUGUUUCUUGUCUUCAGUUUAAUCCCAAAUUUAUGACAUUUGCCAGUGCAUGUUCUAACAUGGCAUUUUGGUUACCCACAAUUGAUGACUGAAGAAAAACACUGGAAUCAUUUUGAAUAAGCUAAUCAUAGAUGGACUGAAUCCAUAAAGCUUGAGCCCACAUUUUUGUAAGAUCUCUAUAGAGAGGAGUUUGAACGAUCAGACUGAUGAGCCAAAUCAAUUUGCUUAUACACCAUCCGUAAUGGUAAUGAUGGUUACAGAUAUCUCCUGUGGAAAUUCUUUUAGGGGAAGUGAAAAAAAAUGAAGAUGGUGUUUCCCAAUCUUCGUUGUCCUCGCAUAGCGUCUUCUAAUUUUGAACUUAAUGUAAUUUGAUUUUCUCUUGUGGGCAUUUGGCAAAUCCAGUUACACUUGAUUUUAGAACUAUGAACUGUAUAAACAUGGAUAUUUUAAAUGGGCCUUUGCAGAUUAUCUAAGAGCAUGAACUUGGCUGACCAGAUUAUGUUGGCGAUCAGUAUCAUUACUACAGUUUAUGUCAAUGAAGUAUUCUGGUUAUAUGGUUUAUAAGAGCCAAAACUGUAUUUGUGUGUCAUAGUUAAAGGCUGACAAUGCACUUAAAAUUAUCAUCUUGCUUAGAUUGAAUGGGUGGCUUUCUGAAAUAAUUUUUAAAAAUCUGAAAAAUACACAGUAGUACUAGUAGGAUCUCUGGUAGGAUUUAAUAUUUCAGGUUAGUUGUUCAUCAGAUUAGCCAUUUGCCUGAAAUAUUAACUUGCUCUCCUGAGUUUUCCCUAAGUUUCUGUGCUUCCACUUUCCCGCAUUUACAUGUCCUGUUUUUGGAAAAAAUUUGACUUGGUUCAUUUGCGAUGAUCAUCUUGUCUGUCUUGCUGGUGUCUUCAGCACAGAUGACUCUCCAUUUCACUAUAUUGUAUAUUUGUGUACAGUUUAAAUCAAGUUAAAUCCAGAACAAAGUUUAAAGCAACUUUGGGAUGUAUUUUAUGUAAAUACAAUGGGUGUAUUGUUUCUACAAUUUUUAUAUUUGGCAUGACACUUGAGCUUACUAAUACAUUUUUAUUUAUCUUGAGAUAGUGCGGCAGUUUUGUUUCUUCCCCUUCAAAGUUUUGAAAUACAAAGUAAUUCAGCAAUCUGGCAUCUGUACUUGUAAGAUCUGUUUUGUAACUUGGUCUUGUUUUUAAUAUUUUUGGUUUAUUAAAAUGCCAAAGACAAUUUUUCCAGUCAAAAUGAUAGUUAGUUAUGCAAAAGCUGAAAGUCUUGAUUGAUGUUAAAAAGUUGAACGCUUAAGUUACUAAUAAGUUCAUGUAUGGAUGGAAAUUAGAAUAUUUUUAAGAAACUUAUCUAAAACAUUAUCACUUUCUCCUUUGCUCUUCUGGCAAAACAAAUGGCCUAAGAUUGAUUUUGUUUCAGUUCUGAAAAGCAUCAAUCAACAUGAAAAUGUCAAAUAUAAAACAAUAUUAUAAUUAUAAGUAUAAUUGUAGGGUUAACUAGUGUGAGAAAAAACCUUUCUUCUGUAAGUAAGUUUGGCAUUUUGAUGAAGAAAGGAUUUUGGAAGCUACUGUGAGAUUUUAAUGAGGCUGUUGAAUGUCAAUUUGAAGAUUAAUGGGGAAAGAAUUGGGAUUUCUGUUGGAAUGGGGAAGUUGUCAGAAACAGUUCAAAUUGUUACCAUUUCUUUUCAAGUGAGUCCAACAGUUUUGAAUAUUUUAUAAUCCUAAUAGAACCAUAAUGCAGAAAAUUGCCUGCCUAGUUUGAGCAACCUUUGCUGCAAAAUCAUCUGGCGAUUGACUUGAGAUUGUGUUGACAAACUUUAUUCUCAUUUGGUGGUGUUUCUGACAUGCAGUCCUGAACCUAUGUCCAAAUCAGAUAAUAAACAUUGUACCUAGGAUAGUUAAAGGGAAGCAGUAAUAUCAAUUUAUAAAAACCUCUGUUUUGCUUGUUCAUAAUUCAUAAAUGGCUGUCCUAAACCUCCAGUGCAGCCCAAUCUC